AUGUCUAAAUCCAAACAUGCAGUUGAGCUUUGCUCACUGCUCGUCGAUGAUAUUUAUGGCGAACUGUCGUCUCGCAUUUUCACUAUUUUACUUCGACGGGGAAGGUUACCUAUGAAUGCGCUCAAAAGACACACUCAACUCACAACGCGACAAUUGAAGCUUGGAUUAACGGUCCUAGUUCGACAAAAUUUGGUUUACCAUAACUCAGAAGGCAGCGACACCCAUUAUGAAGCAAACAUCGAUGCCGCGUAUGCGUUGGUUAGAUCUGGGAAAAUCUUAGAAAUUGCGGAAGAACGAUUCGGGUCUGUUGCGGCCGAGAUUAUGGGACAAUUGGUACUUUUGGGCCACGCUAAAAUAUCCGACAUAAUCGCAGAGUUAAACAAGAACCACGAACCACACGCCAAUGGCAGCGGAAUCAAUGGCGCGACGAAUGGCAAUGGUGUUCAUUCAUAUCCCUCAGGACAAUUGAAUCAUACAUUGAUCCAAUUGUUGGAGGAAGGAUUUAUUCAACCUGUUGGCCAGAAUAUGUUUCGAAGUCCGACAGAUAGUUACAAUGCGGUUGAAAAGGCGCUUCUUCAGGAUAGUUAUGGGGGAGCCACGAGAGGAACGAAGCAAAAGGACGAAUUAAGGAUGAGAAUUCGAGGACAGCUACAAGAAUUGAGAGCUCAGGUUCCGAAUUGGAAACCCGUCGGUUACAAUCGCUCAUCUACCAAUGGCCAUAUGAACGGCACUGCCUCGAAACGAAGAAGACUUUCUCACAAUGGCGGUGCAACUAAUGGGUAUGAUUUUGGCGACGACGAAAGUAACAAGCUUGAUGGAAAUUUAGUUUUGCGAAUCAACAAUGAGAAAUGCACUGUCUUUAUGAGAAACCGACGACUUGUUGAGCUUGCGAAUUCCCGGAUUGGUGUAACCACAUCUUAUAUCUACGCUGAACUUCUUCGGCUCAUGGCAGAACAGAUUCCUAGAUGUCGACCUGAUCCGAGAAUUGACGAUGCUGUGGAUGACGCUGAUGGACCUUCAAUCAUAAUAACAACACAAGAGUUGACCGAUGCCUUAAGCAGGACAAUCAAUGUAUCCACUGGAAUCGGCAAAGCUACCAGUCAAAAUAUCGAUACUUCCAGACUUGAUAAGCUUCAGAACGGCAGAAAGAGAAAGGCUGAAGAUGAAGCAGAAGUAGAAGGUGUGGCGAGUUCUGAUGAGUCGGAAGAUGAUCACAAGCCUUCCACGAAUGGAAAUGGGCAUGCAAUGGAUGUUGACGAAGAUGAUCCAUUUUCGGACCAACCCGGAGCUAACACAAGCAAGCGAGCCGUCACUUUUAAAGACCGGGACAGAACUCCUCCCCCAACAGAGAGUCGCCAGGCCCGAAUGAUGCAUGUAAUGAGCCAUCUUCAACUGUUAGCCGCUGAUGAUUGCCAACUACUACGAAAGUGCGGUGCUCGGCAAAUGGGCGAAUGGACGGUAGAUUUUGAGCGUGUGAUUGACCGACUUCGACAAUCCGAACUUGACUCCAUUGUAUAUGAGAAUUUUGGCCAAAUUGGUCAUCGACUCGUACGAGUUAUGAGGAAGAUGGGAAAGCUUGAAGAAAAACAUAUUGCCAAGCUGGCGUUGAUCAAGCAGCAGGAUUCCCGUACUACACUUGUGAACAUGCAAAUGCAUGGUAUGGUUGAUAUUCAGGAAGUCCCCAGGGAUGCUGGUCGCCUGAUUGUGCGUACUAUACAUUUGUGGUUUUGUGAUGAAGACCGGGUUACCUCGCUUUUGUUGGAUCGAACUUACAAGGCUAUGUCAAGAUGUCUUCAACGACUCGAUGUAGAGAAGCGACGCAAAGCAGAUAUCAUUGCAUUAUCAGAGCGUACAGAUGUUCAAGGUCAAGAGGAGGCCUUUCUUCGACCUGAACAGAUGAACCAAUUACGUGAGGUUCGGGCGAAGGAGGAAGAUCUAUUAGGACAGAUUUGUAGACUCGACGAAUUGGUCGGCAUAUUUCAAGAUUAUUAA